CACUUGUAGCUUGAAAUCAAUAUAAUUUUUCAAAUGUUGUCUCAGUGAGGUUUUCAUGUAUAUGUUUAUAUAUAUGUUUCUGCUUAAAAAUGUGACUAAAAAGGACUCUACAUUCUAUCAUGUAGAGAUUGAUAUCUUGUAUUGGUAAUUUAAUCUCUAUUUAUGUAGAAUACUGUGUGUAUUCUUAAACAACAGCUAGAUACUGGAAAACUUUGCAGUAGAUGAUUUGAUAUGCAACCUUUUUUUUAGGAGUCAGGACUCCUAAACCAAUUUCUAAAUUAUACCUGCUCAGUUAGUUAAAUCUGCCUAUAACAGUAGAACAGAUGCACAGGCUUUUCAAAUAAAAUAUUUUUUCUUGCCACCUUAAGUGGCAUAGCUGCUUAAAGCCAUAAGCCUUGAUACAUGUAAAUUAUUGCUAUAUUUUUGGGUUUGCUUUUUCAGACAUUAAAAAGCAGGUCAAAAGUCUGGCCAAGUUCAUGUAGCUGUUAGUGGCUUGCUAACUCAAAAUCAUUUUCCUUUAAAGGAGAGAAAACGAUGUAGCUCUAUGAUGCAGCUCCCUCUUUUUUAAGAAAAAGGUGAAUCAGAAGCAUAGUUACAUGCUCUCUUCAAAACUCAAGAUACAUUUUUUUAAGCUCUUUCUGCUUUUCCCCCAAGUGCCUAUCUGUCUUUUGAUCUAGCAGUCCAAGUUACUGUUCUGCAAUUUUUUAGCUCCUUUCUCUUCUGCUCAGCUUCCUGUCAGUUAUGAAAGGGCAUUUUUUAAUUUUACCAGAAAGCAAUUUUGGGCAGUAUGUUCCUUGCUUUUAGGAGUCUGUUACCAAGUUUGUUAUUAAAAUGCCUUUCAGGUUAAUCAUGGGACAUCUAGAGGCUCCUUGGAGAACAGUGAUUUUUCAGAAUUUCAAGACAGGAGAAGUAAUACUUAAGUUUUGUAAUUAUUGUAAAUAUAAGCAUGAGAAUCAACUAUUCAUUAUUACCUCAGCUGCCAUUUAAUUUGUGAGUGGGCCAGUGCUGUGUUUGUGUUUUUAUUGACCAAGGAGUGGGAAAUAACACCAUAGUCAUUUGGCGUGAUGUAAGCAAUAGGGUGUGGGAAUUUUAAAAAAGCAGGUUAUCCACACAAAAGCAUCUGUGGUUCACUAAAAAUAAAAACAGGGUUAAGGAAUAGGACGUGAGGAAGAACUUCGAGAUUUCCCAUGGAGCAGUUGGCUGACAGAAUCAGUUUGGACAUAGUUAACAUUUGGUCUCUAGCAAGCAAGCACUUGUUUGACCCUUUCUGGGCCAGUAUGUAAUUACUCUCUAAUGUUGCAGAGCCAAUUGCAGUGAUACCAGAGGUCAGUUUCUCUGAUUCCAAUAUCUCUUACAACUGCAAGUAUCAGGCAGUAAAUUAAAAUGAUGUGCCUUGUCAAAUACUCUGUAGUUUCAUAACAACUUCAGUUUUCCUGAAAUCAUAAUACAUAAGGACAUGGAGGACAAAUAUAACUGCCCUGCAACUCUUUAUCUUGGCCAUUAUAUUGAAGACUUGUAAAUAGGAAUACCUGUAUUGUUAUGUAUUGACAUACUGAUUUGACUGCAGCUUUUCAGUUUCCAUAUUCAGGCAGUUUCUGUAAGCCAAACUCUUGUGUUAGUUUGGUGCUUAUUGUUGCUCACUGUUUUUUUAAGUAUUAACCUCCUAUAAACACUUAAAAAUAUUCAAAAUACAAACGAGAGGCAAACAUGGGAUGGGAACCUCUUUCAAGAAUGUAAGCAAUCAGUUUUUCUGCUACUUUGUGUGUUUGCAAAUUACUUCAGAUACUGUAUUUGCAUGUGUUAUGCUUGGUUUAUUCUCUCUCUGCUGAUGGGAAUCAAACUCAAAAAUAGUGACAAAAAAAAAAAGAGCAAUUGUUUGUUAAUUCAAGUGCAGAGUCCGUUGGCACUACUAGCAUGUCAUGUCAUACAUGUCAUGUUUUCUCUUCAUUUCAGGUCCUAUGCAGAGUCAGAUGCAGUUCCCCUCUGGCUAUGGCUCACAUCUUCCAAACUACAGUGCCCCUUCAGGACACUAUUCCCAAGUGCCCAAUAAAGCUGCUGCUUCACAUCUGGAUAAUCAGUACAGAGCCAGUUACUACCCUGGUUACUACUCAGCACCAGCACAAAAUGUUUUGACAUCUGUGGGUAGCAAUGUGUUGAAUGCACAGGAAUCACAGCAAUUGUACGACAGCACUCCUCCUCAUUCGGGGGGGUCCAGUGACAGAUCUGUUCAAGGAGCAGUAUCGUCUGCAUCCUACUCACAUGUGAGCGCUCAGCAGUCGUAUUCAACAUUUGAUAAUCACUACAGCACUUCUGUCAGCUCUUCAGUUGCAUCUCAGGGAUUUCCCCUUAAUUCUGAUUACUACGCCAUGCCUGUGGUUUCUGGUGCCAUGUAUCCUAAUAUUUCCUAUCCUUCCGUGGCUGCUGGCGGUGUGUAUGGGCAGACAUUUACCUCUCAGAGUCUACCUGCUGUUGGACAGUUCAAAGAGACAAAUGCGUUUUCUAGCCAGAGUACAUCAGUACCUCAUACCCUUCAACAGCACAUUCCUGUGGGAUAUAAUACAACACUAUCAACUGUUUCAUCUGCUCAGUCUGUGCAAGACAACCUCAGUAGGAAUCUCACUGGAUCAGUUGCUAAAGUAAACAACCAAAAAAAUACAGGUGGCAUUGAUUCUUCACAGCCUGUGCACUCAAUGAGCCAGAAUGUUCCAUUUACCAAGCCUGGAGUUGGAACAUCUGCUUCCUCUGCUGUGAUGUCGUCAGUAAGGUCACCUGCUCCAAGCCUGUCUUCAAAGCCACCAUCUUCACCAUCUGUUACACAGUCACCAGAGCUGGCCCUCCAGGAAGCACUUGACAGCUCCUCUACUACAAGCAGUGCCUCUCCUGUUUUGAACAAUUAUGAGGCCCUGGAAGGAGGUGGCUAUCCAGAGACACGUUCUGUGACCAGCAGCCCAGUUCCCUCUCCAUCAGUCCUCCAAACAUCAAAAGCUUCUAAGCCCUUUGGUUAUGGAUAUCCAGCACUACAGCCAGGCUACCAAAAUGCAACACCACCUACUCCUGUGCAGCCCAGUAAUCCAGGACACCAUCCUGGUUUUCAGCACUAUCCACAGCAAUAUCCAGGUGUGAACCAGCUGUCCUCUUCCUUAGGAGGAUUAAGUCUACAGCAUUCUCAGCAGCCAGAAAGCUUGAGACCAGUAAACCUUACACAUGAUAGAAAUAUUUUACCAGUGUCUUCAGUUCCAGUACCUGUGCCUAACUUGAAUUCUGAUCUUAGGAAAUUAAACUGCAGUCCAGACUCAUUUCGAUGUACAUUGACAAAUAUUCCACAGACACAGGCUUUGUUAAACAAAGCUAAGCUUCCUUUGGGUUUGUUGCUGCAUCCCUUCAGGGACCUAACGCAAUUACCGGUAAUAACAUCAAGCACAAUAGUGAGAUGCAGAUCCUGCAGGACUUAUAUCAACCCUUUUGUUUCUUUCAUUGAUCAAAGGCGGUGGAAAUGCAACCUGUGCUAUAGGGUUAAUGAUGUUCCUGAAGAAUUUAUGUAUAAUCCUCUGACACGAUCUUAUGGAGAGCCUCAUAAACGGCCAGAGGUGCAAAAUUCUACAGUGGAAUUCAUUGCUUCUUCAGACUAUAUGCUUCGUCCUCCUCAGCCUGCGGUAUAUUUAUUUGUUUUAGAUGUGUCUCAUAAUGCAGUGGAGGCUGGAUAUUUGACAAUACUCUGCCAGUCAUUGCUGGAAAACCUAGACAAGCUGCCUGGAGAUUCAAGAACAAGAAUAGGGUUCAUAACGUUUGACAGCACUGUUCAGUUUUACAACUUGCAAGAAGGUUUAUCACAGCCUCAGAUGCUGAUUGUCUCAGAUAUUGAUGAUAUUUUUCUACCUACACCAGAUAGUUUACUUGUAAAUCUCCAUGAAAGCAAAGAGCUGAUUAAAGAUCUAUUGAAUGCAUUACCAAAUAUGUUCACCAAUACAAGAGAAACACACAGUGCAUUGGGCCCUGCUCUUCAGGCUGCAUUUAAACUGAUGUCUCCAACGGGUGGUCGCAUCUCUGUGUUUCAAACUCAGUUACCAUCUUUGGGAGCGGGACUUUUGCAUUCCAGAGAGGAUCCCAAUCAAAGGUCAAGCACAAAGGUGGUCCAGCAUCUUGGUCCAGCAACAGACUUUUAUAAGAAGUUGGCACUGGAUUGUUCCGGCCAGCAGACUGCUGUGGAUUUAUUUCUCUUAAGUUCACAAUAUUCUGAUCUAGCUUCUCUUGCUUGCAUGUCCAAGUAUUCUGCUGGAUGCAUCUAUUACUAUCCAUCUUUCCAUCGCAGCCAUAAUCCUGCUCAGGCUGAAAAGUUGCAAAAAGACCUGAAAAGAUACCUUACAAGAAAGAUUGGAUUUGAGGCAGUUAUGCGCAUAAGAUGUACAAAAGGUCUUUCAAUACACACUUUCCAUGGGAAUUUUUUUGUACGAUCCACUGAUUUACUGUCCCUUGCCAAUGUCAAUCCUGAUGCUGGAUUUGCAGUACAAAUGUCCAUAGAGGAAAGUCUGACUGACACAUCAUUGGUUUGUUUUCAAACAGCCCUUUUGUAUACUUCCAGUAAAGGUGAGCGUCGAAUUCGAGUGCACACACUUUGCUUGCCUGUAGUGAGUUCCCUGUCUGAUGUAUAUGCAGGAGCAGACGUACAAGCAAUUGUGUGCCUCUUAGCAAACAUGGCUGUGGAUCGCUCGGUUUCAUCCAGCCUUGCAGAUGCAAGAGAUGCCUUAGUCAAUGCUGUGGUGGACUCCUUGGCAGCAUACAUGUCAACUGCCUCAAAUCUGCAGCAGUCCAUCCUGGUAGCACCAAAUUCCCUCAAGCUCUUCCCCCUCUAUAUUUUGGCUCUUCUCAAACAGAAAGCCUUCAGAACAGGCACAAGUACACGCUUGGAUGAUCGUGUCUAUGCAAUGUGCCAGAUGAAGAGCCAGCCUCUUGUUCAUUUGAUGAAGAUGAUACAUCCUAACUUGUACAGAAUAGACAAGCUGACUGAUGAGAGUACAAUACAUGUAAAUGACAGAGUUGUUCCUCAACCACCCCUUCAGAAGUUGUCUGCAGAGAAAUUGACAAGAGAAGGAGCUUUUCUUAUGGACUGUGGUUCAAUUUUUUACCUUUGGAUUGGAAAAAACUGUGAUAACAACUUCAUAAAAGAUGUCCUUGGAUACCCGAACUAUGCAUCAGUGCCACAGAAAAUGACACAGCUUCCUGAGGUGGAUGCACCUUCUUCAGAAAGGACACGAUCUUUUAUAUCUUGGCUUAGAGAUAGUAGACCUUUAAGUCCAGUUCUUCAAGUAAUAAAAGAUGAGAACCCUGCCAAAACAGAUUUUUUUCAGCAUUUAAUUGAGGAUCGGACAGAAGCAGCUUUCUCGUAUUAUGAAUUCCUACUUAAUAUUCAACAGCAGAUUUGUAAGUGACCAAGGAAUAGGUAGAGGAAAAAGUCUGACUUGAGACAGAAGCAUGGGCCAAGAGAAGCAUACGGGAAGUUACAGAAGUGGAUGCUUGUUCCUCACAAUAUACGGUGACCGGCACUGUUCUGGAUGUUUUAGAGCUAAAGGAGUAUACAUUUCCAAAAGAAUUUUGCAGAUUUCCUUCAGUCUAAAAGUGCUGCGAGUGAUGAAGCUGUUUCACUAGUAAACUUUAAAAUUGGUUUGUACACGUUUCCAGUUGUGCAGCGGUAUGGUGCUCUGUUUAUUGCAAGCUGGUAAAUUUAUGUAGCUAUGUGGGAUGAUAUUUCUUAACAAAAAGUACAAUUAGGUAAAGCCUUUUUUCUUACAUUUGUUAUAGUAGCCCUUCCAGAUCCAAAUCCUUAACAGAGAUGUCAAAGGGCAGUGAUGUAUGUUGGUUGUUUAUAUGAAUUUGUUUUUAAAAGGAAUGGUUCAUAUUUGCUAAAGACUUCAGCAAAUUCCCUGUGAAAGUUGUAGAGUUUCAGUAAAGUAAAUCAAUUGUAGAAAUAAAAUAUAUAAUGUACAUAGGUAUUACAUUUGUAAAGAAAAUGUAAAAAAUGUAACUAAAAAAAAGACCUAGCUCAUUGUGCAGAAUUGAGUGCUCGAUGAUGAUGAAUUGUUUUGUCCCAGGCUAGGCAAUGAAGUUGACUAUUAAAAUAUGAUUAAAAAAGUAUCAAUGUAGAAGGAAUACAGCUGCUGCUUCUGUUAAUUUUAGGUGAAUUUAUUUAUGAUUGGCUUGCUAAUUAAAAUAUUUUGCUUUAUCA